AUGGACGCGGCGCCGUCGCCAGACCCCACCGCCGCCACCGACGACUACGGCCGCCAACGCCGCCCAGGUAAUCUACUCCCCAUCCUUCUUCCCCAUCCAGACCUCGUCCGCGUUGUCGAGCAGCAUCAGGGUCGGGGCAUCCGCGUCUCGGUUCCUCAUUCUGAUACGUUUCCUCCGAUUUCUCCCCCAGCUCGUUCGCCUUCGCCCGGCACGCCCGCCACGGAUCAGGGAGACGGCAGCGGCGGGGAGGGCAAGCAGCCUACGCGCGCUGAGGCGGGCCGCGUCGCCGCCAUCGCCAUGGGACCCUCGCCGUCGCCGGGAUCCACAGUCUCCUCCUCCCACGACGACGACGGCCGCCACCAAGCAGCCCUCCUUUCCCCUCCGCUCAGCACGCCCACCCCGGGGCCACAAGACGGCGGCAGCAACAGUCUGAUGCGCCCCGUGCUCGCGCUGUCGCUCUCGGUGGCGGGGCGAACCACCGUUAUCUGUAAUGCAGCCAGCAGCUAUGCGCGGCGCAUCGCUGUCAUCACAUGGGCCUGUCACUUUGGUGAGAAGAUCCACAUGUAGUUUGGCCGUACAGAUAGCCAGAGUCAGAGUCCGUACUUGGUGGCUUAUUGCACUAUUUAUGCGUAUCCACGUUAACCGAGUCACGAGUACUGAAUUUCUUUCUAACAACAUGCUGUCAUAUUCGUAAGUUCCUUGAUGCGAACGAGUUUUAGAGAUAGUCAC